AUGGGUUUGCCUUAUGGUUUUUCAUCUCUUUCGGAUUUCAGUGAGAGUCUUAUGGCCAUGCACUUGAAAUUGCCCGCAAGUGCACCAGUAGGAGGAGUUGAAUUGUUGGAGUGUGUUGGAUUUCAGUUGGGGGAGGAAGGUGGGGAAAUAUGGGCUGCUAUGGAGGUACUUAACGAGGAUAGAAUUAGAUUGAUCAAUGAGGUGAUUGGGUUAUUAGAACCUACGAAGGUGGAGGAUAAGCUGUCUGUUGCUCCUGCUGCGGCAGAGGAGCAUGUUGAGUCAAAUAAGAUUGACACCCAUGUAUGUGAAAUCAAUGCAAGUGCACCAGCAGGUGCAGUUGAAAUUGCACCUGUUGGUGCACUUGCCAAGUGCACCAGCAGGUGCACACUUGAAAUUGGGAUAAUAUUGACCUUUCAAAAAUUGACCCUGUUAAAGGCACUUGAAAUUGCACCUGUUGGUGCACUUCAAAUUGCACCUGCUGGUGCACUUGCCAAGUGCACCAGCAGUGUGCCUAACCAACCUGGUUAUACUGCCCCGCCACCUCCCCCUCCAGUAGAAGAUACUGCCAUUGAUAUCAGCAUAUUUAUUGUAGUUAAUAUGACUGUUGAAAGAAGUUGGAUGUAUGCCCGUCUCAGAGAUGGUUUACUGAAUCCCAGAUAUUUAGAGGGUAUCAAUGAAUUUAUAGAGAAGGCUAAGACCUGCACAGAAUAUUUAAAUGGCGAUCAGAUUCGCUGUCCUUGCAAUCGAUUUAAGUGCCAAAACCGUAGCUUUCAAGAUGAAAAUACAGUUAAAUAUCAUUUAAUGAAGCAUGGUUUUGUGCAAAAUUACCUUGUUUGGUAUUUGCACGGUGAAACUGAAGUGCAUGACGGAUAUGGUGAUACAGAUUUAGACAUGUCUUAUGGUUCUGACAGUGUUAAUCAUCCAAAUUUCAAUCGUUUUGAGGACAUAGUCAUGGAUGCAACAAGCUGUCAUGUAAUGUAUAAUGAUACAUCUGAGAUGCCAAACUCGGCUGCACAGAAACUGUAUGAUAUGUUAAAUGCAUCUAAGCAAGAACUAUGGCCUGGAUGUGAAACUCACUCCCAGUUAUCAGCUGUUUUACGUUUACUAAAUCUGAAGGCGGAACAUCAUUUCUCAGAACGGUGUUUCGAUCAGAUUUGUGAAUUCAUGAAGGAGAUGUUACCGAGUGACAAUGUCAUGACGGACAGCUUUUACUCAACAAAGAGACUAGUCCGAGGAUUGGGGCUUCCUGUACAAAAGAUACACUGUUGUGUGAAUGGUUGUAUGAUUUAUUGGGAAAAUGAUAAAGAACUUACACGAUGCAAAUUUUGUGACCAUGAAAGGUUCAAACGCCUGAAGCACACCUUGGGGAAAGGGAAGAGUCAAAUACCAUACAAAAAGAUGUAUUACUUCCCCAUUACACCACGUUUGCAAAGACUUUAUGCGUCGUGUAUUACAGCUAAGUAUAUGACUUGGCACAAUGACCAUGCAACUGAGGAUGGGGUGAUGCGCCACUGUUCAGAUGCUCCUGCUUGGAAGCAUUUCAACCAAACUCAUCCAACCUUCGCACUGGAGGCCCGAAAUGUCAAACUUGGCCUUUGCACUGAUGGAUUUCAACCAUUCGGUCAAUCUGGACAACAGUAUUCUUCAUGGCCAGUAAUACUAACUCCAUACAAUUUGCUACCAGGUAUGUGUAUGAAAGAUGAGUACAUGUUCCUGACAAUUAUAAUACCUGGUCCCAAGAAUCCGAAAGAGAAGCUUGAUGUGUACAUGCAGCCAUUAGUGCAAGAAUUGAAAGAACUUUGGGCAAUUGGUGUGAAUACUUACGAUGCUUUCCAGCAGAACAAUUUUACUAUGCGUGCUGCAUUAAUUUGGACUAUAAGUGACUUCCCUGCUUAUUCAAUGCUCUCAGGGUGGAGUACAGCAGGACGCACUGCAUGUCCCUACUGUAUGGAAAACACAGAUGCAUUUACAUUACGAAGGGGGGGUAAACAAAUAUGGUUUGACAGUCAUCGGAAGUUCUUGCCUGACGAUCACCCUUUCUAUCGAAACAAGAUAUCUUUUAUUAAAAACAGAAGUGUAUCGAAGUCAUCGCCGCCAAUUAGAACUGGGGAAUACUUGCUAAAAGAAAUUGAGCAAAUUGGGUUGAGGCGGGUUAUAGACAUUGACAGUCAUGAAAUAAAUUGUCGGCUUUCAAAGAGAACUGGUUGGCGUAAGCGGAAUAUAUUAUGGGAUUUGCCAUAUUGGUCUUCAAAUAUGAUUCGCCACAAUCUUGAUGUAAUGCACAUUGAAAAGAAUGUAUUUGAAAAUAUUUUUAAUACAGUUAUGAAUGUGGAGGGGAACACAAAAGACAAUAUAAAAUCAAGGAAAGAUUUAAAUGAAAUAUGCAGGAGACCAGAAUUGAAGAAAGAUCCAAUUAGCGGGAAAUAUCCAAAAGCAUGUUAUUGUUUGGAUAACCAAUCGAAGAUGAUACUGUGUGAUUGGCUUAAAACACUCAAAUUCCCUGACGGAUUUGUUUCCAAUCUAGGGAGAUGUGUUGAUAGUCGGAAGCUUAGACUUUUUGAGCUUAGCAAUUUCUUUAGAGAACUCACCUCAACUACACUUACUAAUGGGGACAUGCAACGGUUAAAUGAACAAAUUCUUGUGAUCCUUUGUAAGCUUGAACGAGUUUUUUCUCCAAGUCUGUUUGAUUCAAUGGAACAUUUACCAGUACACCUUGCAUAUGAGGCAUUAAUUGCAGGACCAGUACAAUAUCGGUGGAUGUACCCAUUUGAGAGGUACUUGAGAAAGUUAAAGAACAAUGUUAAAAAUAAAGCAAGGGUUGAAGGUUCAAUAUGCAAUGCUUACUUGGUAGAAGAAGCAAGUGCAUUUUCUGCUCAUUACUUUGAAGCACAUGUAAUGACCAGACAUCGAAAGGUUCCACGCAACUUGCAUGAAUUUGUCUCUGAUGAUGACAUACCGGGUAAAUUAAGCAUAUUCAAAUGUACAGGUAGAACUAUCGGAAAAGGAAAAUCCAGAUAUAUGACUGAAGAUGAAAUCCAAGCUGCUCAAACAUAUAUUCUAUUAAAUUGUCCAGAGGUGAAAACAUAUAUUGACAUUUAUGUGGAGCGAGUAAAGUCGACACAACCAAAUAUCACAGAUGCAGCUGUUGAUGAAAAACUAGAGAGAGAGUUUGUCAAAUGGUUUUACAAGUAUGCCCAUGAAUUGCCAAACAAUGUACAAAAUCAGCUUAUACAAGAUCUGGCAAAGGGACCACUCAGAAGUGUCACCACUUUUAAUGGGUAUUGUGUUAAUGGAUGUAAAUUCAACACAAUCAAUGGAAGUUCAAGUAGUAACUCAAUGAAUUUUGGUGUAUGUAUAAAAGGGAGUAAUUACAGUUCUGAAGAAAGUGACUACUAUGGACAGUUGGUCGAGGUGUUGCGAUUGGAGUAUCCAGGGCUACCAAUUAAGCGGACUGUACUUUUCAAAUGUGACUGGUUUGAUCCAACACUAAAUACGGGCACCAAGGUGCAUAGACAGUAUAGAAUUGUUGAUAUUAACAAUAAGCGUAGAUACAGUAAGUACGAGCCACUUGUAUUGGCCUCUCAGGCAACACAAGUUGUUUAUGCUUCAUACCCAAGCAAGCGUCGUGACAAAAAUGAUUAG